AUGGUUGACACAGGGGAAGAAGCUAAAGCAAUUUUUAAUCUUCCUGUUAUCUCUGUUGAAGAUCGUGAUGAAGAGUUCAACGGCCAGAUAAUGAACAAUUUCGCUAGUGAUCACUAUUCGCCAUCUGUUCGUGCCAUUUAUAUCACAAAACCAAAUGAUUCUACAAGCGGUUUUGGAUUUCAUUUGUCGCGAUCAAAAUGGGAUCCUUAUCCAUACAUAUCACGAGUUGAUAAAGACUCCUUUGCAUCCACAUCAGGGUUGAGAGAAGGUGAUUGUGUGUUGGAGGUGAAUGGCGAAGACGUCUUGGGAAUGCGAAUUGUUGAUGUAGCAAAUAUGGUGAAGUCAAAGAAUGACAUUGUUAGUCUCUUACUUUGGAACACAAACAUAGAUCAAGCAUGUGAAUCUAAUUUAUGUUGCGGACCGAUGCCAAUAAACUACGAAAAACUUGCUGCAACUGUUCAAACAAUUCUAACAGCUAUCGAAUGUCCCGUGUGCUUUAAUACAAUUCCAUCACCUUUCACACAAUGUCAGAAUGGACAUUUGUUAUGUCUAAAAUGUAGAUCCAGAUCAGAUCGUUGUCCAAUAUGUAGAGAUCGUUACAGUGUCGUUAGAUGUUUGUUAGCUGAACAGAUAUACACAACGCUUUUAGACGUUUUCGACUUGAAAGAUGGACCGCAAGGGAAAAUUCGAGAAAGGAUAUUCGGCGUCAAAGCAUGUAAACCGGAAGAAAAGCAAAAAGACGACAUGAAUGUGACAUUGAAUAAACCCAAUUCGCAUACGCAAAAGUUUCUUGCGAAAAUCAUGGGAAAAUCAUCUUCGAUGGUAAAUUUGAACACGAAAAAGGACUUGAAAAGAAUCGAUGAAGAAGGAAACAUAUCAAAAAAUAAAAUGAUGUCACAAUCUUCGAGUGAUAUCUUUCAUUUCGAGCCAGCUAUCAAAAGAUGUCCUUCAAUGAAUCGUUAUCUGGGUUCAGAACUUUCAACUUCUUGUGGAAGUUUAUUAAGUUCUCGACGCCCACGCUCAUGUCACGUUUCAACUGAAAGCUUGCCCACCUACCUACAACGAACAUCGAACGAGGAAACACAUUUUUACAGCUGUCCAUCAGGUCAUGAAUGUUUUCAUGAAAAGCUCGCAAGCGCUAUUUUAAUUCAACACAUUAACGAAGUCCAUCAACAUCCGGUUAUAUCGUUUGGUUCGAGCAGUGUUGAAAUCUCUCUACCACCACGUGCACCCAUCGAAAAUGCCUCAUUGAUUUUACUGCUCGACGAAAAGCAAUUUUGGGUAAAGGUUGUUGUUGCUGACUCAAAUAAUGACCUGUUCAUUUCGUGUCUGAUGCAAGCGCCGUUCGAUUACAUUUCAAAGUACGUUCUUGAAGUCGCCAUUCGAAAAUCCGACGGUAGUAAAGUUCCAGGCGUAGAGUUGAUAAAUCGAAAUGAGAUUUAUUGCUUGGAAACUACGUCAUGGCGGGAAAUUUUUGAAGCAAAAAAAGGAAUAAAACUUAACAGCGAUAAUAUUCAGUCAACAUUUGCCAACGCUGAUAUUAAUUUAAAAGCUUCCAUCAAAAGGAUUGAGGACAUUUAAUUAUUCAAUUAACAGCUCACACCAUACCAGCACUUCAAUUAUUUUUAAAUGGCUAUGAAGAGGGUGGAAAAAAGCAAGCCUUUCCUAGCCUUUUUUAAUUAAUUUGUGACGCAUUUGGUUUCGCGUCUGCCAGAAUAAAAAUUAAAAAAUUUUCACAUGAAUAUGAUUAUUGACAUUUUACACUUCAUCUCUGUUAUCAAGGCAUUUAAUUGAGAUUGAUUGACAAUUAAUUAAAUAAUUUGAUGAAUUUAUGCUGAAGGUAAAAAUUGUAAAAAAGAGAAAAAUUAAUGACAAUAAAAAUUACGAAUAAAAAAU